AUGGAUAUUACCCCUCGCGAGAAAGCUGCCCUGAACUCCAGCGAGAAGCUGAAGGAGAAGUUCCAGCAUCACCCCCAGAUCAAACGCAUUGCUCACCACAGCCACCUGCCUAAAGCCAUCUUCAAUCAGUCUAAAGAGCUCCGUGUCAUAAAAGGGGCUUCUCGCAAAAAGGAAAUGAAUCGUUGUAAGCACAGCAAGCCAGAAUCUGUUCCAUUUGUGUCGGAGAAGAGGAAGCACAUUGUGGCUGUUGUGAAAUAGUUAGGAGAACGGCUUGGCUCAAGUUAUUCUUGACUGUUUUACUUUUAUUCUAGUCUUUUUAUAAAGACGUCAAACUGUUUGGACAAUACACUGGUGUACAUUAAGGACUUAAUUUUGUCAUAUUGCACACUCGAAAUAAACAAGGAUGCAGAAGUUAGGUUUACUAUCUUGAAAAAGUUUUGUUUUUUACACCUCUAUUAAA